AUGGCGAGCGGCGGUGACGGCGGCGAGUUGGGCUCCUCCGCGAGCACGGCGGAGAACCAUGACGGCGAGGAGGAGACCACAGACCUGGAGCCUUUCUUCUUCGACGAGGCGGAGGCGCGGUCGCGGAUCAUGAGAGGCGCGCCACUUGGUCCGAUGAGAUACAAUGACAGAGUUCGCAAUAAGGGCGACCAGCACUUCCACCGUCCUGCAGUACGCAUCCUCUCGGUGAAGAUAGUAUCCUUGGAUGCUUGCUUUCCAAUCCAAGUCUAUGGCACUGUCAUUGCCCGAGACAGCGUUGACCUCAAGUGCCUUCGUCUCUUCCGUUGCGAAAAGGAUCAUUGUCAACUCAUCAGCUCUAAGGAUGAAUCAUUGAUCUUGACUGGCCCAAAAAGAGGACUUCUUUUAUUAGAUGAUGCAUAUGUUGAGAUUGAUCUGAAGAUAAGGGACCCUCAAGGACAGGAGGACAAGGGACUUAGUAAAGGAUUCUUGACUAUCAGGGGCAUAGCGCCUCGACGUUUGGACAAAUGCGUGGUUGAAAGCAAAGAUCUUGCUACCAGGCUCAGCACCAUGGAGGUGAUGUAUGCAGUAGUCAACAAUGCAGUGGAGGCUACAAUGGCAAUUCUGCUAAUAUCAAAACUCUUACUCUCAUCGAGAGGAUGA